CAAGCUUACAUGGACAAAACUUGAUGAUCUGAAUCUUCGGUUCGUCUGAUCUGUGUAGUAUGUGGAGUGUAUCCUGACGCCGGCCGUCCUCUGCCAUGUUCCGGCUCCGAUCGUUUCGGGCGUGUUGUUCCCGCAGGCUGUUUCACGGUGGGGCCGUCAGCCGUGAUCAGGUGCUAGACCAGCUUCAGACGUGCUCUGCUGAAGACCAGGUGUUCGAUGUGGUGGGCCGGAACAAAGCUAAGCUGUCCGCGAGCCAUGUGAGCUAUGCUAUUGGACAGCUGUGGAAGUUUCAAAGAGAGCGGCCACACAUGCUCAGGACAAUCGAGCAGGUCCGGAAUCACCCGCAGUUCCUGACGCUUCGAGUUCUGGCUGAAAACAAGAUCAGCCUCAUGGAUGAUGCUUCAGUGGUGGAUAUGCUGUAUGGUGUGCUCAGGCUUCAAGUAGAACACCAUGACUCUCUUGUUCAGCAGCUGGUGACAGAGGCUUGGAACAGACUAGAGAGAUUCCAGAUGGCAACACUCUCAAAGUUUGCGGUUUGUCUGAGCGAUCAGUUCCUGCAGCACAGUCCGCUGAUGGGUCAGAUCACGCAAAUAGUGAGUCAAAGACUGGACUCGAUUCAAGAUGCCAGAGUGCUCACACCCUUGAUGAAUAGUAUAUUUGCCCUGGUGUCGCCACAACUACGGGAUGCACUGUUUAAAAAAGCAGACUUCCUUCUGGACAAAACGAACCCAUUGCACUUCAACAACCCCAGAAGGGUCGUGCAGUUCAUCCGAAACGUCAAACAGAUUCACCGACCCCUCCUGGAGAAAUGCAACCAGCUUCUCCUGCAGAACGUCCCCCGGAUGGACGUAGAGCACAUCAGCAUCAUUCUGGGACUGUAUCACUCGAUGCAGUACAAUAACUGUGAUUUCCGGCUGGCUGUGAGACAGAGACUCAUGGAGCUGGUGGACACAGGCACAGAUCCUGCCACUUUCACCAAACUCUAUGCUUCUUUAGGACCAAUAGCAGGGCAAGGUGUCAGAGAGGGGUUAGAGAGUACUGCGCUGCUAUUGGCUGAUGAGCUGAAUCCCCAUCAGGCUUUAGGUGUGGUGGAGACAAUGGAGGAGAUGCAAUGCAGAAACCUUCAGUUGAUAAACAAUUACCUGCAGGGCAGUGUUUAUCCGUACGAGGUGACCAUGCUAACCAGGGUUCUGUCCAUGCUUCCUUCUCCCCGUCCCGAUGAGCCCGUCCUUUCCCGGGUGAACGCCGUGAUCCCGCAGUGCAACCUGAACGACCUCAACACUUACGCCAUGGUCGUCGCCAAGUGGAUACGCAACGACCCCUCGUACCGGCACAACACCUCCAGCAAGUACGUCCGCCUGCUCCAGACCCUGAACCGCUGCAGUCGUGAGCGCCUGCACAGCUUCGAGAGUCUGGACGUGGUGCUGGAGGAGGUGAAGUGUUUGUCGGGGGAGUGGUUUGAUGAGAUGCUGCUGGAAGAGUCUAUGGUCACCAUGCAGAAACUGAUUGACCAGAUAUCCUGCACUAACGUGCAUGAGCUAGGCGUUUAUCUGACCAGGACCAACUACUUCUGUGCCGCGCUGAUGGACCGUAUCGCUAGUGUGAUCAUUGAAAAUAUAGACAAGAUUCAUUACUCUGCAACGUAUUCCAUUAUGCUGCCUUUUGCUGUGCUAAAUUAUGACCCACCGAAGGCGGAGGAGUUUUUUGAUGUGUGCAUUCGACAUUUCACCCCAUAUAUUAGUUCCUUUGACCCUCACCUACUGGUUCUCUUGGCUUACGCACUGGCUUUGGCUGAUUAUUUCCCUGAGGAGGUGGUCAGAGAGAUCUUCAACGUGGACUUUCUUGCAAAGUUGGAUGCCCAAUUGGAGACCUUUCCAGAUGGUCUAAACAUGCGCAUCCGUCUCCGUCUCAUGGAGCUGAAUCGGGCCGUGUGUCUGGAGUGUCCUGAGUUCCAGGUGCCCUGGUUUCAUGAGCGCUACUGUAAACAGCUGCAGAAAAGAGCCAAUAGCUUCAUUAGUCCAGCUCAGCAGCAGAUCCAUAAGAUGCUCGGUGACGUCCUGGGUGGGAUGAAUUGUGCCAAAGUAGGAGUGCUGACUCCAUACUUCUAUACUGUCGAUUUUGAACUCGUUCUGGAUCGCCAUCUUCAUCCGGUACCGUACAGCGAGCCGAUUCAGCUGCAGAUCAGCGAGAACGGAAACGUUCACUGGCAGUCCGGAUCGACAGACAGAGAGAGGAUGGAGCUGCCACCCGGAGCACACCGCAUUGCAUUGGAAUUCCUGGACUCCAAAUCCUUCUGCAAAAAUUCCUGGCACAUGAAAGGAGAGGCCAUGAUGAAGAAAAGACAUCUGGAAAUUUUAGGAUAUCAUGUAUUACAGAUUCCUCACUUUGAAUGGAACUCAAUGGAGCUUUCCUCAGAAGAUGCAUGGAAAGAAUAUCUGAGGAAGAAAAUAUUCUCAGAGUUACCCUGAGACAUUAUCUUGAAAUAUCAG